GCAGCUGCAAAUAAAGGCAGGACACAGGCUUGGCGGCCUCAUUCUCUCCCUUCUCUCCCGGAACUUUCCAAGCGGCCUGGGGAGCCACACAGGCCAGCUGGCUGACAUGCAAGAGGUGACACUGAGCCUGUUCUUCCUCCUGGCAGCAGGCCUGCCUGCCUUGGACGCCAACGACCCAGAAGAUAAAAACAGUCCUUUCUACUAUGACUGGCGCAGACUCCGGAUCGGCGGGCUCGUCUGCGCCGCGGUUCUGUGCACCAUCGGCAUCAUCGUCCUCAUGAGUGGGAAAUGCAAAUGCAAGUUCAGCCAGAAACCCAGCCACCAUCCAGGGGACGCCCCACCUCUCAUCACCACAGGCUCUGCCCAGAACUGUUGAGGACGGAUUAGCCGAAAGGACACAGAGGUCCCUUCUCUUCCUCCAAGGAGCUCUGCACAGGAGUCCGGAUUCCAGGAUGGAAUUCUCCCUCCUCCCCUCAGAGCACCUUGCCAGGGCCUCACUUUACCUCUCACCGGAGGGGUCUUUUUGUUCAAUUUUUUUUUUUUUUCUAAACAUGGAUCUUGCCUCCUUAUUCUUCUUCUAAAAACUGAUUGCCUCAAGACUCCCUAUGUGUACAUCAGGGUGGGCUUUUGAGGACUAGGAGAAGGUGGAUACACACUGGCAGCUGACACAGAAGCCGGCAGCUGAAUCUCUGUUGGGAAAAGCCCAAGGCCUGCUGGGUGGCCUGAGGUCCGCCCUCUGCCUCCAAGGCUAGGGGAACCACAAGUGCAAUUUUUAAAAUUUUCUAGUAGCCAAAUGGCGGACACUUUGGGGAGUGAAAGAGAGCUCUAACCAGAUGGAAUGCCGGGACAUUCGAGGGGACACUGAGACCAUCCCAGGGAAGCAAGGACGUGGAUCUUCCUACCAUGAUAUGAGUAGUCAGAUAGAUUAUGAUUUUAGUAGUCAGACCCCAUGACUCUCCCACUUACCCCGAGACCCCACUUUAUUAUAGAAAACCCUUCCUAAUACCCAACUGUCCUUGUGAGACCUUCAAAUAAUUCCACACGACACUCCUAAUUAUAUAGAAUGGCCACAUGGUGUGAGAACCUCCAAGGAGCCUCAAACUCCAUUGAGACUCCCCAGUACCCUGUAAGAUCUCCAAAAUGCCCCCAAGGGCCACCCCGUAAAAUGCCUAAAACCCUUUAAUUAAAACACCCAAAACUAUCUCCUACAAUGCCCUGAGACAUGACCCCAAGAAGAGACCCAUAAUAAACCAGCGACUUGUCCCCUAA